UCUACUAUAUUCCAUAUCAGCUUCUUCUGAGAAUUCAAAUCUUUUUUACCAUGUCAAAAAAUACAUCAAGUUCCGAAUUUCGUCAGUUAGAUGUUGAUCAAUAUAAUGAGGAUAAUUUCAGAGAAGAAGAUGGAGAAGUGACAUUGCCUGCUGGCAUUGAUGAAGAUACUGUCAUAAACCUUCUGAAUAAAGGUGAAGAGCAAGAAGCACUGCGCUUGCUGCUGGCUAAUGCCCCUUCAGCCAGCAAAGGCUGCAAUGAACAAGCCAAGGAUCUUGCCCUCAGUCUAGUGAUGAAGGUUCUGCUUAACAAGUCCAUCAACAAAACAAAGAUGGAUGAAAUUAUUGGUCAGUUAGACCAGUCGUUGCUGGAUGUACUUAUGAAGUACAUUUACAGGGGCUUUGAAAAUCCCAGCGAAGGUUCGAGUGCAUUGCUGUUGCAGUGGCACGAGAAAGUCUUCAAUGUGGCGGGCAUUGGCUGCAUUGUUAGAGUUCUAUCUGAUAGGAAGCGUGUGUAACUAUCAACAGUUUGCAUUAUUAUCAAUAGUGCAAAGUACUAUUAUUUGUACUAUUAUCAACACUUGAUUGUCACUUCAGAAUUAGUUGGCAAUACAUAGAAACAUGUUUGGUCAUAAGACUUAGUUUGUAGGUGUACGUUUCAGUGACAAAACAACAUUCAUAACAGCACAAUCAGAUUAUAAAAAGCAAUUUUUAUUAAAUAAACUUCACGCCUAAAAAACCUAAUUGCUUGUUGGUCUGUGCUUGAGGAAAUUAUUUGAGUUGAAAAUUAUAUUGAAGCAUGAAACCCUAGAAUGAAAUAAAAAUAAAACUUAAGAUAUGUUUCAUAUGAUUCUUGGUCAAAAUGCAACAUUUUCAUAGACAUUGUUACAUAGGGAACAAGUUUGUUGUUCUUGCUGGUAUAUUUUGAGAAACUUUUGUUUACACAAAUUUAAUUCUUUUCACAAAUGACUAUUAAGCAAACUGUUAAAGACAAUGUCUCAAUUUGAUAUUGAAUGAUAACUCAAAAUUACACAACUGAGAUAUUUACAUUCCAUUAAAUACAUGACAUGCAUUGUAUUGAAAUUUUUUGGAGUUGAUGAAAUCUUUGUAAAAUUAUAGCCUCAGCCCUUUGUUAUAAGAAAGACUAGUGAAAAACUUGCAAUUGGAAUGUUCAAGGGCUUGAAAACAUCUAUGAAUCUACUUAACACCCCACAACAUAACUUGACAUUUACAAGCUUCUCAUUAUGCAAUAUGGCUUUUUGUGUCGUGAUUUUACACUGUUUUGCUAUCAAUGCAAAACUUGGCAUGCAUAAAUAAUAUGUUAAUUUUUGUUACGAUAGCAAGUUCUUUUCUUAGAAUUAAACUUUGUGAUGUUUGUUGAUGACUAUUAUAACAAAUCUUGUAAUGAACAUGCUUUUAGCUACAAAUCUUGAUUAAACUUCCUCUUUCUCUUGCAAAUGAUUGGUCUCUAAUCCAGGUUAUACUCGAUUCUUGUCAUUGUAAUAUUUUUCACAAGAAGUUCUUUGUCUCCAAAUGUGAAGUUUUUUGCAAGAAGUUUUUUUUCUCCUCUCCUUAGCUGACAUUUUGACAUUUCAAAUUUGGUUAGUGAUGGACAAAUGUUGAGGUUCAAUGAAAUAUGUAGAGUCAGGCUAUUUGAAAUAUUUUUGAAAUCAGGCUAGGAAAUAUUUGAGACCAUAUAUAAUUCUAUGAUUUCCGUGUCUGGAAAAUGUAAUGUGCCAUUUCAACAGUGACCUAAUUCUCAUAUAAAAUCAAUUGAUCAUGGAACUUUGUGCAUCCUUAAUUCUAUUUCUAUCUUGGGUGGGUAAUUUUUCCCUAGAACAGCCACUUGAUUUCAACAUUGGAAAAAUCAAUAUAUAAUAUAGUAUAUGCUUAUAUUCAAAUUCUUGUGUAUGUGAUUAAUAAUCUAUUAAUAAUAUUAUAAUCAUGUGAAUUGCUUAUCAUAAUACAAAUUUCCUCAUGCUUGCCAAUUAGUAAAUAUAUUGUGCUUCCUGUGAGUGGUAUGUGAACUGUGAAAUAACUUAUUGUUAUUCCAUGAGUAUAUCUCUUGAAAUAUUGUUGUAUAGUUGACAGGAGAGGUUAAAAAUAAUUGUUUCUUGAUGAUUAAUUCUGACUUACUUUAACCAUGAUUUAUUUUUGUGAUCAAGCAUUAGCCGUCAUAUGAACCUAAUUUUUUUAAUAUCACUUUUUUUGGAAGUGAAGAUGCUUAAAGAGCUAUCAUUUCAUAUCAUUUUUGAUAAUAAAACAUGAUAAAAGUUAAGAAUUUUUGCUUAUUGAUUUUGCUCGUUCUGAACUUAAAAUUUAUUGGAAGUUUCCAAAUAUCUUUACAUUCCUAUUUAAUUUAAAUAAUGUUAUGCAAAAACAUUAAUGAUGAGGUGAUGUUACUGAUGAUGCUUGAUUUCACGAUUAUAAUUUUAGUUAAUUUUGGUUUUGAAAAAUGUGACAAAAUUGAGGGGUUUCUAUAGUUAUGCAAGUAGAGCUUCAAAGACAAUAUCGUUAUCAUACAUCACAU